CUACUUGCAAGAAUGACUAAUUUGUCAGUUUUUAUUUAGUUUUUACCCAUGCCUAGCUAAUUACACACUAAAACACAGCACAAGAAGAGUUAAGUUUACGUUGGAGACGCGAGCGGGAUAAAAGAAAUAGGCAAGAUGAAGAGGCAAUUCGCGAAGAUUAAAAUUGCAGCAGAAAAUUUAUCAAGAUCAACAAAAUCAGACUGCAAAGAUACAGAGCUUGAGACGAUCGAGAAGCAGGUGGACCGAUAUCGUGAUACCAUUGAGAAAAUUGUGCGUAAAUUGCCAGCACUGAGCAGCAGUGGGAGUAGCAGCAGCAGCAGCAGCAAUGGCCAGGUAUCCACCGAGGAGCAGGACAAGCGGACCAAGAAGAACAGUCACUAUAAGAUUGCCCAGGCCCUGGAUGAGUCCGCCAAGGAGUUGCCCAAGGAUAUGCCCCUGCAGAAGGUCUUGGCCAAUUGUGGGGAGCUGGAGAAGACAAUCGCCGAGUGCAUCAUCGAGAGCGAACUGGAGACGGAGACCAAGGUGGUGAGGCGUUUAAAAAACAUCUUGGAUAAGGAAAUACAAGAGAUCUCAACGUUAAAGCGUAAUGUGUCGCGCACAUUACAGGAAUACACUUCACUGAAGCGCAGCCAUGAGGCGGCCAUACGUCUGGACGAGCCGGCGUCAAAAGUGAACCACAUCAAGAGCCAGCAGGAGGAGUGCGAACUGAAGCUGGAGAAGGAGCGCGAUGCCUGGGCUGCGCAGAUGCUGGAACUGAUUGCCAAAGAGGAUGAGAUUGUCAAUUGCAUACGGGACUAUGUGCUCAACCAAAGAAAUUAUCACGAGCGGGCUUUGCAGCACGUGAAUGCCUCGCUGGCCCGCAUCCAGGACACCAUUCAGGCGACGGAGAAGUCACGCUUUGGCACCUCCCUCAAGGAGCACCUGACGUCGACGCAUCGGGAGAUUUCCUACAUCGUGGAGCUCUGCUGUUGCUGCCUGCUCGAGAAUGGGCUGGAGGAGGAGGGUCUGCUCCGUGUGGGCUGUGCGAGCACCAAGCUGAGGCGGAUGAAGCACGCGCUGGAGGCGCAGCAUGUGAAGACACCGCUGCCGCUGGACUACCAGGAUCCCCAUGUCAUUGGCUCCAUACUCAAGCUCUAUUUGCGCGAACUGCCCGAGCCGCUGCUCACCUACAAUCUGUACAAGGACUUUAUACGGAUCGCAGAGCGUCACACGGAGAACGAACGGAAGACAGAGAUCAAGGCUAUACUGGGGAAGCUGCCCAAGGAGAACUAUGCCAAUCUGCGCUACCUCACCCGCUUCCUGGCCCUCGUGCAGCAGCGUUCGGUUCACAACAAGAUGAGCUCACAGAACCUGGCGAUUGUCAUGUCCCCGAACAUGCUGUGGCCCCGCAUCGACAAGAGCAGCAAUGCCCAGGCCGACUACAUUGGGCAGGUGAACAGCUCGUCGGCGGCCAACAUAAUUGUGGAGCUGCUGAUCAGCCAGUGGGAUUACUUCUUCACCGGCGACGUCGAGUUCUAUGUGACGCUGCAGCGGCAGAAGCUCUUUGUGGAGGGCAAGAGCAAAUCGAACUCCUCCAACGAGAACCUGGACAAGCAUGACAAUGAAGUCAUGGAGAGUCCCCGCUAUGGCACGUUACGCCGCCAGAAACCGAAUGCUCCUUCGCCGCCCAGCACAAAUGGGAACAGCACGAUCAUGACAACAUCACAAACGCCCCAACGGCCACAUGCCAAGGAGCUGUUCCCCCAACAAACACCACAGCAGGAGAAGCCUGCCAAGCCGCCGUUGCCCAAUUUGCCGCAGUUCCAAGUGCCACCAGCCCCCGCCCCAGCCGCCGCGAACCUGCCAACCAACACACAGCUAGAAGCUUUGCCGCCACCACCUGUGACGCCCGCCAAGCCGGUACCCAUGACACGGACUCAGUUCUUUGGCCUGGACAAUUUGCCCUCGCCCACGGCGGACCGCAGGAGCACGGACAGCAUUGGCAGCUUCAAGCUGAAGCCGGAUGUGCCCCAGAAGCCGCUGCUGCCCAAGCGGCCGGCAGUGCUGGGCGUGGGACCAGCAGCAGCCAGGCACGAGGGCAAGAGCGACGAUGAGGGUGCCACCACGCCCACGCAGGCAACAAUUGAUAAUGGCAAUGGCAGUGUACGCUACAAAACGGAGCAUUUUCUUGAGAAACUAAAGCAGGAGAAUUGUGAUACAAAUGGAACGAGGGAGGAAGCACCACCAUCAGCAUCCAAGGAGAACCACAACCAUAACCAUGAACAGAACUCGACUGCAGUGGUCGAGUCACAGCAACAGCAGCAGCAGCCCUUGCAACAGCAGUCGCAGGAAAAGGCAACGACACCCAUUUCGCCCAACUCAUUUCAAACGCCGAAAAGGCCAACGGUGCCAGCGCCGCCGCCUCCCACAAAUCGCAAGCCAUCGGAAUAAAAAGAGCAGGCCAGGCAGAUAGCGAUGGGAUGCCGUUUGGGAGAAGGAAAGAGGGGAGUCAGUCAUUAGGUGUUACUGUUUACUCGUUAAGACUUGAACGCACAGUAAUAUAUAUUUAAUAUUAUAUAUGCUAUACUAUACGAUAUAAUUUAUAUACAAAACAAUCCUUGCGGCAACGUAAGAGACAGACCUUUGUGCAUUAUUGAGGAGAGAUAUUAGAGAAGCUCUUGUGUAUUCUGCAUUUGUAUUUUUGCCUUGUCCAUAAGCAAUCUAAUUUGUAUGUGUUUAGCCAUAUAACUAUAUAUUAUAUCGAGCGAUAUCCAUUUAUAUACUGUAUAGUGCGUAGAGUGUAGGCCCCCAUACCAUAACUCAAUUGUCGAAAUUUAAUUUGAAAUGUUAGCCCCCUCUCCCCAAUCAAUCGUGGAGAUUGUUAAUCCUUGUUUGAAAGGUUGUGAUACAUCAUCUGAAUGGUUUGUGUUUCCUUAAUUUUUGCAUUUUAUAUUUUCAUUUUGUUUCCUUUUUCAUUUUUUUGCUCCAACGAAAGACAAUUUCCAUUGUGAUUAUUUGUUUAAAUAUUUGAAUUAGUUUCCAAGAAAAAUAUUGUUGCUUCCGCUGCAUUAAUUUUUAGUUAUUCCAAAUUACAUUUGAAAACAUUUCCUCAAAGUUAUGAAAACUAUCAAGUUUGAUUUAUGAAUGUACUAUAUAUAAUUUGUAUUCUUUUUGCUUUAUUAAUUUGUAAUGCAAUUAUUAUUAUUUUUAUUUUAUAAUAAAAUUAUGUAUUAUGAAUUGUUGUGUAUAUAAAAUAUACAUUAAAAAGAUAAUGAAUAUGAUUUUUAAGACACUGUUUUUGUUUUUACCAUUUAUGUCUCUGUUUGGUUAUGAUCCCCGCCGCCCAUUGGCAUUGAUGUUCGGGCGAAAUUGUAGGUCUAUUGUAGUAGAAUUUAGGAAUGUGAAUGUGAAAACUCUUAUGAACAUGGAAAACUUUGGAUAAAUCACAUACUUACCUCGGUGAAAUCAAAACAAAAUUAUUGCAAUU